GUACAAUCAUAACAUGUACGUAGCUUGAUAGUUACUUACCGUGAUCCUUAUUAUAAAUAUAUGUUUCGAAAUUGGGAUGUAUAUAUGAAUUAUCAUACUACUCUUGAGCAUCGCGUUAAUUAAUUAAAAUUCAAAUGAGUUGUCUUCUGCACUUCAUCUUCUUCCUCCUUCUUCUUCUUCUUCCACUAGCAUCAAGCUACGGAUCCGGUUGCCCUACCCAAUGUGGAAAGGUAAAGAUUCAAUAUCCAUUUGGAGUUGGGUCGGGUUGCUCUAUGGAGGCAUCGUUUAACAUCACUUGCAACACUUCCACGGCUCCUCCCAAACCAUACCUCAACAUUAGUGAUGAGAAGAUAGAAGUGGUUGAAAUAAGAGUUGAUAACCCGGCCUAUAUCCGGAUCAAGUACCCCUACCUGCUCUGGGGAGUUUGCUAUCAUACACCUUCAGGCAACAUGACGUGGACCGAUGGCUCGGGGGGGAUUUCAUUGAGGGAUACCCAAUAUACGUUGUCGGAAUACAACUGGCUUAUCGCUAUCGGCUGCGAUGAUGCUCUGACGGCGUCCACAUAUAAAGGCCAAGGCAAACAAACUUUCCGCGACGGCUGCAUAGGCAUAUGUUUCGAUGACCACGGUUCAUCUGGCUCCUGCCCCAAAAACGGUGACGGGAACUCUGGUGGAGAUGGCUGUUGCCGCUCACCCAUUCCCAAAGGUGCCUCGACCCUUAGCGCGGGUUUAACCGACUUAAGUAAAAGCUGGAAAAGUGUAAGGGUUUUCCCUUGCAGUUAUGCAUUUCUGAUGGAGAAAGGAAGCCCAAACGGCUCCGGGUAUUCCUAUAACUACUCCAUUCUUAAGCAAAAGUCGACUGAUUUCAUAAAUAAUGAUGAGAUGGUGGUGCGUUUGGACUGGAGGGCCGGCAACCACAACUGCUCCCACACACCAAGGAAUUCUAGUUUUGCAUGUAAAGCUAACACUGAUUGUGUGGAUUUUGGAUCUGAGGUUGAGGGAUACCUCUGCAAAUGCUCCAAAGGAUAUGUCGGCAAUCCAUACGUUGCCUGUCAAGAUAUUAAUGAAUGUGAUGAAAAUCCAUGUGCUCCACAUUCUCAUUGCAAGAAUCUUCCUGGCUCUUUUAACUGUACGUGUUCAAGAGGGUAUAACGGUGAUGGAAUAAGAAACGGCACGGGCUGCACACUCUCGCCAACGUCCAACGUCAUCAAAAUUGCAUUAAUAGGUCUGGGCUCUGCAUUGGGACUUGUAGUACUUGUUUUACUAUGUUUGUGGUUGCAUAAGGUGUUUGAGAAGAGAAAAAAUAAAAAGCGCAAAGAAGAUCUCUUCAAACAACUUCUUCUCUUGCAACAUCAAACAAGUGAGGGAACAUUUGGGAAUACCAAACUUUUCACCGCAAAAGAGUUGGAGAAAGCCACCGAUCACUUCAAUGAAGGCCGCAUUUGUGGACGAGGAGGCCAAGGCGUAGUGUACAAAGGUAUGUUAUCCGAUGGCACAAUUGUGGCAAUCAAGAAAUUGAAGGAGGUUGAUGAAAAUCAAGUGGAGCAGUUCAUAAACGAGGUUGUGAUAUUAUCACAAAUCAAUCAUAAAAAUGUGGUGAGAUUAUUAGGAUGUUGUCUGGCCACUGAGGGUCCUCAGCUUGUAUAUGAGUUUUUACCAAAUGGAAUCCUCUUUGAGUUCAUUCAUGAUCGAAAAAUCGAAUUUCCACUUACAUGGAAAAUGCGUUUGAAAAUAGCUGCAGAUGUAGCAGGGGCAUUGGCUUACUUACACUUUGCGUCUUCUAUACCCAUCUAUCAUAGAGACAUCAAGUCCACUAAUAUCCUCUUAGAUGAAAAGUAUGUAGUCAAAGUUUCAGAUUUUGGAAUUUCCAAACUUGUUCAAGUGGAUCAGACCCAUUUAACCACACUGGUUAAAGGGACAUUUGGAUAUUUGGAUCCAGAAUAUUACCAAACUAGUCAAUAUACAGAAAAAAGCGACGUCUAUAGCUUUGGGGUAGUUCUUCUCGAACUUCUAACUGGACAACGACCAAUUUCUUUGGAAAGAACGGAAGUGGGAAGAAAUCUAGCUGCACAUUUUCUAGCGUACAUGGAAGCAGACAACCUUGAUGCCAUUUUAGAUACUCAGGUUUCCGAGGAAGCUGCAAAUGAGGAUGUGAUUGCAGUUGCAAGGCUUGCCAGGAGAUGCUUGAACGUUAAGGGGAAAUUUAGACCAACCAUGAAGGAAGUGGCCACAGAAUUGGAAAGUUUAAUGAUAUCUCAAAUACAUUCAAUUGUUGAUGAGGAGCUUGAAGAAACAACUAUCUCUGAAGCCAAGCACAUGAUGGUUUCAGACAUUGAGUACACAUGGACUAUUAGUGAUCAUACUACAUCAUCGGAUGCACAAUCUCUUAAUGUCUGAGAUUAUGUUGUUAAUGUCUAUUUUAUGAUUUUGUUUAUAUACUCCCUCC